AUGUCGACUUCGGACCACCCCGAGUCCGACGGCCAAACGGAACGCGCCAACGUUGCGUCCUCGAAGAUAUCCUUCGGAGCUACUCCGUUUUUACCGGUUCAUCGUGGGCUGUUACGUUACAGCAUGCGGUUUUCGCUUACAACGCCUCGGUACAAGCGUUCACUGGCUUUUCCCCCCAUUAUGCAGUCCAUCUCCAACACCCCCACCUCCCUCCGAUGCUCGACGGUUCGGUCUCAAGUGGGGGUGGAAUCACUGCGCGGCUCUUUUCUGCUGGUGUACACUCCAACACCCCUAGCUGCACUCUCCAAACCAUCCAGAGCUUCCUCUCCCGUCGAGUCUCGGUCAUGCAACAUAUCCAUGACAGCAUCGCUGCCGCUCAGCAGCGCACAUGGCCGCUCUAACCUCGCGUCGUUCGCCGUUGGCGAACAAGUCUCCUCGACAAGUCCGGUUGGAAUGUCCUCCAACGUCGAGCUUGGAACGCACGGUCCCUUUACGGUCCACCGCGUGGUCAGUCCAACCAACUACAAGCUCGAUCUGCCCAACUCAUGGCAGAUCCAUCCAACAUUUUAUCUGGGAAAACUCAAACGUUAUUUACCCUCAUUAUCUACAUCUACGACCGAUGAAGUGACGGCAAACGAUCCUCUGGAUCCCGCGGCGGCUCUUUCUCUUCCGCCGCCAUUGCCUUCUCCUCCUCCCCUGGCGCCCCAGGCGUUGUCGUCCGCGACAUCUGCCCCAGCUCUUGAUGCGGUACCGCCCCUGCCCGCGCUCCCGCCCGAUAAUCCGCGGCUGCUUGCCACUACAAUCGCGCUGCCACCUGCGCAGCCGUUGUCCGCACCUGCGCAUCUUCGCGUGCCCACGUCGAGGAACUCGUCGUCGGCGAAGCCCACACGCUCGACCAGGCUCGCCGGGAGCACCGAAAACCCGCAGGACGUCAACCGCGCCCCUUGCACUUGCGCCGCGGUCGCCAUCGCCGCUUGCCCCCGUGGAGGUGACCGUUCCGACACCGCGAUCGUAGGAUCACGAUGGACAGCGACGGGUCGGCAGUUCGCUGUGCGAGUCGGGUCAACUACAACUUGGCAUUUAGAUGAUUACAUCAAGCAACACUUACCUCAGGUUCGCGCCGCAUAUUUACGCGGGCGGCAAUCCGCGCGACAGACCGAGCGUCCAAACGCCCAUGCUUCUGUCGCCGCAGCCCGGCGAAAUUAG